AUGGUGCUUUUGAUCGUUGUUUUAUUAGUGACCGUACACAUACAUAUUUUCACAUCUCUCAUUAACAAAUCGCCCAUCACAGGUGUAUUGCAAAAUCCGAAUGUGCAUUAUGAUUUUACUCAUAUGAUAGCACAUGAUGCCAACACUGUUAUCGUGGGUGGAACAAAAUUUAUUCACAUAGUAUUUGCUAGGAACUUAAGCAUUAAAAUCUCUCGGAAAAUUGGACCACAAAUAGAUAACCCUAACUGUAUAAGCCUUCAAAAAAGGACUGCACCUGUAGAAAGAAAAAAUGUCUCAACCUUGGAACUACUUCCUGGUUUAAAUCAAAUGUCAAGGGCGCCAAUUGUGGCUAAUAAUAGCACCGCUACUACUGUGGCAUUCCUUGCACCAGGGCCCAAAAACUCAACAGCCAUGUAUGUUGGGGCGUCCUGGACAAACACAAGGUUUAGAGGAAUUAGAAGUCUUGUACCUGCAUUUAGCAGUAGAAACAUCGUUGACUUUGAUUUCACAUACGCUUCUUUAAUAACAAAACCAUACACAAUGGUGGAUUCAAUUUACAAGGAUUCAUUUCCCAUUCGAUACAUAUAUGGCUUUGAAUUGGAAAAUUUCAGUUAUAUUGCAACAGUUCAAAGGCAGCAUGUAACUGCAGUUGAGUAUGUGUCUAAAUUGAUACGCGUAUGUCAGUCAGACGAAAAAUUCUAUUCAUAUGCUGAAAGAUCAUUAAGUUGUCUAUAUAGAGGUAAAUCGUAUAAUUUGUUACAGACAGCGCAUAUAAGUAAACCAGGUCAAAAUUUAGCCAGGGAAUUAGGGAUACCAGAAAAUGAAGGUGUUUUGUUUGGUAUGUUUGGAUACGGCAAUCCUAAUGAUUAUUCAAACAAAGCAGAAGAAUCUGUUCUGUGCAUCUUUCCUAAUUAUUAUAUAAAACAAGUUUUUACUCGUAAUACAAGGAAGUGUUUUCAAGGCAUUGGAAAAACUGGACCGGAUCAUAUUGUUACCCCAUAUUACUGUCAGUUAACAAAAAUAAACAUUGGAGACGAUUGUUGUGGUGAGUACGACUUUAACAAUCCUAUGGACGGCCCUGAACCUGUUUCAUCUACAGGAGUUAUCUCGUUAGAUAUCACUGCUUCUUCGCUCAUGGUAACCACCACAUCAACUGGUCACAAUGUAGCAUUUGUCGGAACUAGCUCAGGGAAAGUAAAGAAGAUUAAGAUUCAAACAAGUUCGAUUUUAAAAGAAUAUGAUGAAGUAGUUGUAGAUGUUGGAAUACCUAUCAUGAAAUUUAUAUUUGAUAUUGACAAUCAGGAUACUCUGUAUAUGCUUACUCCUAAAAAGGUAAACGAAUAUCGAAUCCAAAUAUGUUAGAUAUCAAAGUACAGUAACUGUUU